AAAAAAAAAAGAAAAAGAAAAACGAUUCGACCGUCAAGCAGACAGUAAAAACUACGGGCUGUAAGGAAUCGACUUUCCGGUAACAACAAAGACCACAACGACUCAUUGUGAAGAAAAACACGGUGGACGCACUUGACUACAGAAAAGAGAUCUCGAGGCUGACCACAUUUCUUAACCCUUUUGACAAAUUUUAAAGGGAAGAUAUGGCGAGCAACACGAGGACUGAUCCAACUUGUUUUUAGAAAAGUGCGUGGAGAAAAAUGACUUGAUCCGUAAGCAACGUCUGAAAUGAAAAAGUAAAGCCUGUUCACCUGUAAUAGUAUAUUUCUGCUCUCCACCUCACAGCCUUGUUGUGCGCACAGACAGUAAUUUGCACCUUGCUCCUACCCUUCGUUUGGAGCCCAGUUCAACGUUCUCUAACGGCAACAGUACCAGAGGGACCCAUUUCAUACUCGGACCAUUGGCUGGUGCUGCUGCAGUGACCGCUCUCCGAUUGGCUCAGAUUGAGACUCAGGCACAGAUUGCUCUCCAGCAGCUUGCUACUCUAGAGACCAUAACUCUCGGCUACCAGUGUCAAAACAGGUUUGCAGCGGCGUUACCUCCUCACCUGGCCCUCCUGAGUUUUCUCAGUAGACAACAGGUGGCAGCUGUUGGGUUUAACGUGGACACAAACAGCAAAACUUGCAGAAACACACAGCCGUGUCUCUCUGCUGUCAUGUACCACCACCCCUCCCAGCAACAGGGGCAACAGUCCUUCUCUAAUGGGCCCAGACCUCCUCACCAUCAGCCGCCUCCAAAUCAGCAUCAGAAUCGCUCAUCUUCUGAUAUGAUGGGUUUCCAGUUUCCUCGUCCCACCCAGCUCCCUGAUGAACUAGAGUCUGCCCUGGCUAUCCGUGGUGCGAGGGACAUGGACCAUCGCCUCAUUGACCACAUGAGCCGAUCAAACCAACACCAGAACCAAGGCUCAGGUUCUGGGAUCAGUCAACAUGGAAGUUACGGCUCUAACCCGAUAGCUCUCACAUCUGAUAAUCAGCCUGGCCACCAGCAAGGAGUAGACUGGUCAAGCUACCAACCUCCAACUAAACUGUUUGCAAGUCCUCCGCCUAGUGCUAGCCACCAGUCCCAACUGCUCCAGGGGCCUCAACAGCAGCCCCAGACCAGCCACGCUGGAACAAGCAGCUGGACUGCCCCUGUAAGUGCCUCAACGUUGCCCCAAGCCCGGCACCCCCGUGGCGGAGGCGGUGGUGGUGGGGAUGGUCAGGGUUUGUACACACCAGAGAGUGCAGGAAGUAUCUUGGCUAGCUUUGGACUUUCAAAUGAGGACUUGGAGGUGCUGAGUCACUACCCUGAUGAUCAACUAACCCCAGAUACUUUACCAUUCAUACUCCGGGACAUCCAAAUCAAUAAGUCGGGCAACCAGAAAACUGUGUCUUCCGCUUCCUCAUCCUCGUUCUCACGCAACGUACACGAUGGGCCGCUGCCUGCUACCCGCUCUUCACCAUUGGCGCGUUCAUGCUCUCCCACCGUUCCCAGCCUUCUUACCGUGACACAGACGGCAGGUAAAGUCAUUGACUACGGUCAUGCCAGUCGGGCGAAGGAUGAGAGUAGUACCAGAGAGACUUUCAAAAGGGAGCAGCUCUCAAGUGAAAGGACAGUUAAAAUGUAUCCGUCUUCACCGCUGUCCUCGUCGGCUCCAAAAGCUGAUAAAGCUGAAAGGCGGCAGGUUCGUUUGGAACACGCCGAAUCAAGCAAACACGGAGACCGCGACUAUCGCAGGACGAGCACCGACCAUCGCAAGAGCCACCGAUCACCUGGAAGAGAAUUUCCACCACCAUCCAAAUCUCGUAAUUUAGACCGAGACUACAGGCACGACGGACCCAAACCUAGGCCCUCAUCGGAAACCAGGAGCGAGGCUUCCUCGAGACGGUCUGUCUCCUCUUCGUCUGGCUCAAAACCGCACAGCAGCAGCAAGAAGUUACCAACCCCCACCAUGAUAAGCGAUUUCUCAGCUGUGUCUCCAAAGGUGUAUCCCCACACCUGCUCCCUGUGCCACAUACAGUGUGAUCAGGAAAAGGACUGGGUUGACCAUGUUAACACCGUCAACCACACUGCUGCCUGCAGAGACCUGCGCAACAAGUACCCUGACUGGAAACCAAAUCUACCAAGUCGGAGCGGACGAUAUGGCAGCCGGGCUCUGUGGGACCCCAAGGAUCACUCUCCAUCCCAUUCCGUGUCUCGAUCCCUUUCUUGUUCUCUUACCCCUAGUCCUCCUCGCAGCAGACACAGGGUGGGCCCCCAUCUCCACAGGCCUCACAGAAGGCCUUACUCUCCUCACCAUCAGCCUCGCCACCAACACUACACAGGUGGUUUCUCUCACAGCGGUGUGAAACGUCCGCAUGAUGAUUUAGCCAAAUUCUUCACUGACACAAGCCGACAUCCAUCCUCCUCCAAGGCAGGUCACGGCUCCAAACCGAGACCAUUACAGGUCACCAAAACUGUCAAGAGCGGGACUCGGCCUGGAACCAAGAUGACUAAGACUGCAAGUGCCAAGGCCGCCGACACAUCUGUCAAGCCUCCACCAGCCAAGAAAAAGAAGAAAGUAGUGACUCCGGCCUCCCAGGACUCGUCUGUCGCAGAUCGUCUGGUUUAUCUGACGGGCAUCCCAAAGGACGCAUCAGAGCAGGAAGUUACCGACCUGGUCAGGUCCUUUGGCAAGAUCAACAACGUGAUCCUCAUGCCAUGCUCCGAGGAAGAGAGCGAGAAGGGAGAAGGGCAAAAGGCAUCUGUAUGCAUGGUGAAGGCUGAAGAUGCUCAGGCUCUGGCUAACUCAGCAAAUCUCUCCAUCAGAGACCAGCAAAUCACCGCUUCAGUAGCCAAGAAACCUGAAGCAGGGCAGUCCUCUGAUGCCAACAACAGCAAACCUGCUCCAGGACAGGACAAAGGUGCUGCUGUGGAAGACUCUGCAGGUGAAGCUGACCAGAAGACUUCUGAUGAGAAGGGCAUGCUGUUGAUCACAGGACUUCCUGAGAGCGGCUGGUCAGAGAGUGACAUCGUUAAGCUGGUCCAGACCUUUGGCACUCCCUCCGACGUCAUCCUGGCACCACAAAUUGGAAAGGUACUUGUGUCAGUGCCAGACACAGAUAUUGCUCAAGAGAUAGUGAAAGUCCACACCUUUAUUCCUGCGAAGAUUAAAGACUCUGAGCUGAAGAUGAUCCAUCUCAAGCAGUGUAUCGGCCUCAGCACACCGGUGGCUCUCUACAAUCUCCUGAUGGGAUCAGCAGACCCAUUAGAGAGUCCUGUUCCAGUAAGCUGGAGCAGCCUGUUGGUAAUCAGUAAUGUUCCCAACACGAUGUCCGGCUCCUCGGAGGUCCAGAAUCUGGUGCGACGCUUUGGCACCGUCAUCAAGACCCUGGUGCUCAACAAUACCGUUAUUUGUGAGAUGGCGACCGCAGCCAUGGCCCUUUCUGUUUACAAGCGCUUCCAGACGUUUCCGUGCAUCAUCCAGAACAACCCUCUCUUCUUCUCCCGCAAGCCUGACCCCAAAACCAACACCCAGACCAAAGUCAUCACUGCAUACCUUGAUUCAUCUGAGGAUACACCUGCAGGUUGCAAGGGCAGUGUCAGUGAGCCAGCUGCAGAGGAAGAGGAGACGGCACGUAAAGAUGACUCUGAAUCUCCAUUGGAGCAGAUGGAAAAAGACUGUGAUGGGAAGGACAAGAAGAUGACGAGCACGGAGAAGACAGUCGGAGAAGACGACGCUUCGGGAGAAAACGGGAGCGACGACGUCAAGAUCCAAAAAGAUGAGCUUGCCGAUCCUGUCUGUGAGUCUUUGGCUGCACCGGACACCAAACCAGAAGCAGACUUGGAAACGGACGUUAAGGAAACGUUGGCUGCUGAAACUGUCGUGGAGAUGGCAGAAGAGACAAACCGUGUCGACGCAUCCAAAGCGGGACAUAACACAUCUGCAGGUGAAGAGACAAAGCCAGCUAGCUCUGAUGGCAAAGCAGUUUCCCAGGAUACGGCCAUGCCGCCGCUCCCUAAGGUUACCCAAGAGAUGGUUAACGCGCUGCUUGUGGAAUGCCGAACAAGAACCGCCAACAACGCAGCUUCUUCCACUAAUGGAGAGCAGGGGCAGAAACAGACGGAGGCGGAGCAGGACGACAAAGUAGCAGAGGAGACAAAAAAGCCAACCAAGAACCACACAGAGGAAGAGGUGAAGAAGCAGGAGAGGGAGCGGAAAGAGAGCGAGGCAAGAAAGGAGAAGGAGUCCAGGGAGAGGAGGGCCAAGAGGGAGAGGGAUGAAAGAGCCAGGAGGGAGAAGAGGGAGGAGGAAAGAAGGGAGUGGGAGAGGAGGGAUAGAGAGAGGAGGGAGAGGAAGAGAGCGUACGGUGAAGGAUUGUCGGGAUUUAGAUCGUCGAGCAGGUUCGAGGGAUACAGGCAGAGCUCUUGGAGGGAUGAAGAGAGUCACAACUCCAAAGCUGAGACCAAAACGGUGGAGGAGGACUGUGACGAGUUCCCGUUCAACAUGAGUGACUUUGUGACGGUAGAUGAAGUGGGAGAUGUGACCGACCUUCCUUGCUCUCCUUCUCCCACUGUUCCCAUGGAAACCACAGAGGGAGGGGAAGACGCGCCCGCAUCUGUCGAACAAGACGCGCCCGCAUCUGUCGAACAAGACGCGCCCGCAUCUGUCGAACAAGACGCGCCCGCAUCUGUCGAACAAGACGCGCCAGCGGUUACCGCAGAAACAUCAGCGUCGGACACCACAGCUGCCCCGGUGAAGUCUGACGAGCGACCACCAGAGUCUGAACCUGUGACUGCGCUGACAGCUGAGACUUCAGGCACGUCGGCGUCAUCAGUUUUAACGCCCGGUCCGGUCCUCAACGCCGCGGCCCCCCCCUCGCCGGCUUCACAGUCAGACUCUUCCCGCAGCCAGACACACGAGCCAGUAUGUCAUCCAGAAGAACCUGAGAUCACACCUGACGCAGAAACCACACUGACGUCCACUCUGGACUCCUCCGCUGAGGUUGAAACACUUCCCACGUCUACCCCUGCAGCUCCAGCUACCCUCGCUGGCUCCUCCUCAAACAGCCCAGCAACAGGAGUAGUGACUGCAGAGAGUGAGGAAGGUGAGAAAGAGGACAACGCUCUCAAUCACAGUGAGGCUAAGGCGGAGGAGACGGCGGCGGCGGCGACGGCGGUGGUUGUGUCGGACAAAACGGAGCAACGGGAGGAGAAGCAAGAUGAAGAGGACAAGGAGACGGGAGCUCCUGCUCUGACGACGGGAAAACACAAGAGAUCUGAAGACCAAACAAACACUGAAGAGGAGAGUGUGGAGAAGAAAUUAAAGACGGAAACUCUCAUGAGCACAGGCUGCGCCCUCCCUCCUUACAACCCCAGCAAGCCAGUUGGUAUGGAGUUCUUGAUCCCAAAGACGGGUUUCUUCUGUAAGGUGUGUAAUAGGUUCUUCAGUGGAACCAAAGAGGCAGAGAUCAGCCACUGUAAAACCCUCAAACACUACGAGAACCUACAGAAAUACUUGCUCACCACGGAUAUGGCCACUGUGACUGCCAAACCGGACUCCAGCUGAAAAUAUGGCGAUGAAACUCCUGACUGAAUUUGUCAUUCUCUUCCUUUUUGUAUUGUCUCUUCAUUUCACACAGGGCCCAUAUUCUCAUAUUGGUGUAGAUUAGGCUCAUGAUCUGGCUCUGUUUGACUAUAUGGUGUUAAUUUUCAUGUACAAUUAAGAGAAACAAGUGUUAGCUGUGUACAGGGGAAGGUGGCUGGCAGUAGGAACUGUUCACAAUCAAUAAAAUGUUUUGUUAAA